AUGGUCGAAGAGGCUUCAAAUACUUUCUCCACCUAUAAACUGUUGCUGGAUUUGAUGGUCUGGAGUUAAAAAUUCCCCUCCAGCCUUAUUUCUAAUCGAACCAAAGUUGAUCUGAGGAAAGAGUGCCCAGACAUUGUAAAAAACAUCAAGAAAGAGAAAGAAACCCUUUAAUAACAUUAGUAUUUUCUAAAAUUCUAUCAAUUAGUAUGGAAGAAUUCUAACCUGUGUUUUUAUGA